AUGCUGACGCCGGCGCGACCGGCCACGGCGCGCGACUCGGGCGGUUCGCUGUCGAAACGUGGCGCACAGUGCGUGAAAUGGGAACAGGACGGACGCCACAUGGGUUCGUCCAACUACAGUUCAUACAACUGUUUGACGAGUUGGGACAGCUACGAUAGGAUACCCAGGGUACGAGUGGAAUAUUACGUUAACGAAAAUACCUUCAAAGAACGUUUACAAAUAUAUUUUAUUAAAAACCAACGCUCAAGUCUUCGUAUUCGUAUCGCAAAUUUAUUUUUCAAACUACUAACAUGUGUUUUAUAUAUCGUCCGCGUCGUACUAGAUCAAGAUCCCACGUCCGCGACUUGUUAUGGAUGCAAAAUGGGAAACAAAACCGAAUUCCUAUGGAGCCGAAAUUUGACGGACGAGGCAUUCCAAGCGAGACCCAUUAUCAAUUGGGAUGCGAUACAAUGGGUAAAACGACCGUUAGAGCUGUGGGUGAUACAGUGCGGACUGGCAGUUUUCGCCCUAUGCGAAUCACUUCUUCUCACAUACAUCGGUUACAAGGGAAAUGUAAUGCAACAACUACUAUCAUUCCACUUCCUUUUAGAGUUGAUCACAACUGUACCCUUUAUUUUCACAAUUUUCCAACCAACAUUGAUCAAUCUUUUCAUACCAGUGUUUCUAAACUGUUGGUUGGCGAAAAAAUCCUUAGAAAAUAUGUUUAACGAUCUUCACCGUGCCAUGCAAAAAUCUCAAUCAGCACUGUCCCAGCAGUUGAUGAUACUUUCAGCCACUCUUCUCUGUUUAGUAUUUACUAGUGUAUGUGGUAUUCAGCAUUUCCAAAGAGCUGGCCAUCGGCAUCUGAGCCUCUUCCAGGCUACUUAUUAUGUGGUGGUCACAUUUUCUACGGUCGGAUACGGUGACUUCGUGCCAGACAUUUGGCCUUCUCAGCUCUAUAUGGUUGUCAUGAUAUGCAUAGCACUCAUCGUUCUUCCAACACAAUUCGAACAGUUGGCGUUCACAUGGAUGGAGAGACAGAAACUCGGUGGUUCUUAUUCAUCUCAUAGAGCACAUUCUGAAAAACAUGUAGUCGUCUGUAGUACAACUCUUCAAGCUGACACAAUUAUGGAUUUUCUUAAUGAAUUUUACGCACAUCCAUUACUUCAAGACUAUUUUGUGGUCCUAUUAUCACCAAUGGAACUUGACACCACAAUGAGAAUGAUUCUCCAAGUACCUAUUUGGGCACAAAGAGUUAUUUAUAUUCAAGGGUCGUGUUUGAAAGAUGGAGAUCUGUCCAGAGCUAGAAUGAGCGACGCUAAAGCUUGUUUUGUUUUGGCCGCCAGAAAUUAUGCUGACAAAACUGCUGCAGACGAACAUACAAUCCUACGUUCGUGGGCGGUCAAGGACUAUGCUCCGACUGUUCCCCAAUAUGUUCAAAUAUUUCGACCAGAAAAUAAAUUACACGUGAAAUUUGCUGAGUUUGUUGUAUGUGAGGAUGAGCUAAAAUAUGCUCUUCUUGCUAAUAACUGCACAUGCCCUGGAGCAUCAACACUAGUAACACUUCUACUGCAUACAAGUAGAGGACAGGAAGGUCAGACUUCGCCCGAGGAAUGGCAUAGGCUGUAUGGUAGAUGUUCAGGAAAUGAAAUCUACCACAUACUUUUAGGAGACAGUAGAUUCUUCGGUGAAUACGAAGGCAAAAGUUUCACAUAUGCAAGUUUUCACUCACAUCGAAAGUUCGGUGUAUCAUUGGUGGGCGUGCGGCCGGCCGAUUUACCUGAAUUUUAUGAAGACACAAUACUUUUAAAUCCUGGGCCUAGGCAUAUAAUGAAGAAAUCCGAUAUAUGUUAUUACAUUAGCGUUAAUAAAGAAGAAAAUUCAUCGUUUGUUGUUUCAAAUAAUGGUUCUGCGCCAUCAAAACAUCUUGAAAGUAUGUUACACAAUGAUAAGCCCACCGAAGUUCAAAAAACUAUCAGAGAAAGUUACACGUUCCAUAACAAACAAACGGAAGAACCGACAAUCGUAGGUAAUCAUUUGAAUAUCCCAAAGCCAAUGGAUAUGAACCCGAAUUUAUUGAGCCCUGAAGUGUUGGGUCAAAGAAGAGGUAGUCGCCGUCCAAGUAUAUUACCAGUCGCUGAAAAUAUAACAGGUUCGUCAUUAAACAUAUCUGUACCUCCCCCAGAAGAAGAUGGAGACGAAAGCGAAGAUGAACUCGAAGAUGAGGUUCCAUGGAGAUCGCCGAGUGAAAAAAUAGCAAUAGUCAAAGGAUUCCCACCAGUGUCACCGUACAUAGGUGUCAGUCCCACAUUGUGUUAUUUAUUAAAAGAAAAAAAACCACUGUGUUGUCUACAGCUCGCCCAGGUAUGUGAACAUUGUUCUUACCGAAACGCCAAUGACUACAAUUGGCAAAAUAAAACCAUAAUUUUAGCUGCCGAUUACGCGUCCAAUGGAAUUUACAACUUUAUCAUACCAUUGAGGGCACACUUUCAUCCGAAAACGUCCUUAAAUCCGAUCAUCAUACUAUUAGAACGACGUCCAGACAUUGCGUUUCUAGACGCCAUUUCAUACUUCCCACUUGUUUACUGGAUGUUGGGAUCCAUAGAUUGUUUGGAUGAUCUCUUGAGGGCUGGAAUAUUAUUAGCAGAAAACGUAGUGGUGGUAAAUAAAGAACUAUCAAAUUCAGCUGAAGAGGAAACAUUAGCAGACUGUAAUACAAUUGUAGCAGUCCAAACAAUGUUUAAGUUCUUUCCCAACAUUCGUAGUAUAACUGAGUUAUCUCAAUCAUCCAAUAUGAGAUUUAUGCAAUUCAGAGCACAAGACACCUAUGCGCUGCACUUAUCAAAAAUGGAAAAACAUGAAAAAGAAAGAGGCUCACACAUAUCUUACAUGUUCCGACUGCCAUUUGCGGCUGGUUCUGUAUUCAGCGCCAGCAUGUUAGAUACACUGUUAUACCAAGCAUUUGUAAAAGAUUAUGUCAUCACUUUUGUAAGAUUACUGUUGGGCGUAGACCAGGCUCCUGGUUCUGGUUUCCUAACCUCGAUGAAAAUUACAAAAGAAGAUAUGUGGAUACGAACAUACGGACGACUUUACCAAAAAUUGUGUUCUACUACUUGUGAGAUACCUUUAGGCAUUUACAGAACUCAAGACUUGUCAAACAUAGAAUCACCACCGGAUGCAUGUGGUACAGACUGCGAUAAAAUAUCUGAGGGUUCGGAUCACGAAGCUUACAUGCCCAUUCCAACUAACUGUCUGCCUAAUUGCCACAGGAACCAAAAUUCUGUAUUUUCAAUUAACAUGCACGACGACGCCCGGGAUAAUCACGACAACUUGAUCGAGCGAGCAGAAAUAGUAAACUUGGUCAGAUCUCGAAUGGACAGUUUAAAUUUACCUGCUGUCGACCACGAAGAAGUCAGCGAGAAACGGAGCAGUCUGUCAUACGUCAUUAUCAACCCUAGCUGUGACCUAAAACUCGAAGAGGGUGAUAUUGUAUAUAUUUUACGACCCAGUCCAUUCUCGGCCCAGAAAACGUUCGAGAGGCACAACAGCCGCCGGAAGUCCAACAUAAGUUUCAACUCUACAAUCGGACAGCUGGGAUUCGGUUCGAGAAGGGGAUCGAGCAUGGCGUUCCCCCCGUUCAUGACCAGGCCACCGCCGUUAGUCACCACCAAAGCAAACAGCCUGUCAUUGCCAGACAGCCCGACGGUGGGCAGUGCCCUCCGAGCUCGGUCCAACUCUCUACGUGUAGUCGACGACAUACUGUUAAGACGGUCCAAUUCGCUUAGACAAGGGCUUUCCAUGACGUGUAACCGGAAGAGCAGCCUCGAAGAGUUAGGAGUGUCUCACUUUCCUAUCGGGUCAAUUGCUCACGAACGUAGACCCAGUAUGCAAUUGCACCCGAGCGAGAUGAGCGGCAGUGCCAUAAAGAUCGCGCUGAACGGCAGCAUCGGGCUGGAGGUGACUCCGCCGGAAGAAGUGUCCUCGCCCGGCAUGUCCAGCAACACGAGCAUGGUGACGGUGCCGUCACUGCACCAUCCGCCUUUGCCGUCGCCGGUCAUGUCGCCGCACUCGUCGCACGAACACUUGCAGGGCACGAUUGUAUGA